AUGCUAAAUCUUAUCGUUCAAGCCGGAUUGAAAGCAAUUGAAGGGGCCAUUGAAAAGGUUCGAGAGUCGGUGAAAUAUGUAAGAGCAAGUGCUGCUAGGAAGUAUAAGUUUGCGGAAUGCAUACAAAUACUUUCACUACAAUGUGGGAAGCAUGUUCGUCAAGAUAUUGUAACGAGAUGGAACUCUACAUAUCUUAUGCUUGAUUGUGCAUUAGCUUAUCAACGGGCUUAUACUCGGUUAGCCUUAGUUGAUUCAGUUUUUAAAACUUCUCCGUCAGAAGAGGAAUGGGCAAGGGUGGAAAUAAUCACACGACUUUUGAAACCUUUUUAUGAAAUCACAACUUUGUUUUCUGGAAGCUCCUAUCCUACCUCGAACUUAUAUUUUCAUCACGUGUGGAGAAUUCAGUUGUAUAUUGAAGAGGAGAUGUGCAAUGCGGAUCAAGUUAUUAGUGACAUGGCGAAAGACAUGAAAGAAAAGUUUGAUAAAUAUUGGAAAAAUUAUUCCAUGAUUUUGUCUUUUGCAGUUAUUCUAGAUCCUCGGUACAAGGUUAAGCUUGUUGAAUAUUGUUUUUCAAAGCUUAACAUGACAUUUGAAGAGCGUGAAAUGAAAUUGAAGUGUAUUGUGGAUGGUAUGCAUAAGCUAUAUGAUACGGAGUAUAAUAUUCAAUCGAAGACAAUGCAUGAUUCGUUAAUACCCGAGAGUUCAAAUGUUGGUGGCAAUACGUUCGAUGAGAUGGAUGGGUUCGAUACAUUUCAAAGCCAAUUCAAAGUUGCUGAUAAUGAAAAGUCACAGUUGACAUUGAAAAUCAAGUAA